CUACAGACAGCCGGCUGCACAAAAUGAGCCAUAAUAAUGCUUAUAAUUUUACAAGAGAAGCAGCUUAAGAUUUAACAAUGGCUGCCUUAAAAAAGAUUUAACAAUGGACACAAUGAUCCAAACACACACUUCCAAAAGGCAUUCUUGCAGGCUAAUUCAACUGGAAUCUACAAGUACUAUCUUUUAUAUAUAAUUUGGCUGUGUUGUUUUCUUACAAGUUGUGAGCUGUAAGAAAUUGCGAACCUUGAGUUUUUUCCAUGGAAGAUCCGAAGAGGUUGGAAGAGGGGCGUGGCGAUGGAACACGACUGGAGACCGGAGCUAAUGGCCAUCAACUCGAGCAAGUUGGAGAGGAUGUUAAUGGAGAGAGGAGCUAUGACAAUGAGCAGAAGUUAAAGACAACCUUGGACCUGCCGGAGGAACAGGAGGCAGAGCAGCCGUUGAAGCACAAGACGAAAAGGGUGGCGACCUUGGAUGCAUUCAGAGGCCUAACCAUAGUGUUGAUGAUACUCGUGGAUGAUGCUGGAGAGGCGUAUCCACGGAUUGACCACUCGCCUUGGAAUGGCUGCACGUUGGCUGAUUUCGUGCUACCAUUUUUCCUGUUCAUUGUUGGUGUGGCUAUAGCCCUUGCACUCAAGAGGAUUCCGGAGGUCAAGUUUGCAGUUAAAAAGAUAAUCUUGAGGACUUUGAAGCUCAUCUUUUGGGGAAUUCUGCUUCAAGGAGGGUAUUCUCAUGCACCAUAUGAUCUGACUUAUGGAGUCGACAUGAAGAAAAUCCGGUGGUGUGGCAUUCUCCAGAGAAUAGCUUUGGUAUACUUUGUUGUGGCUUUGAUAGAGACUAUGACCUCCAAGGUCAGGCCAAACAGUUUGAAAUCUGGUCAUUUCUCAAUCUUUGCUGCAUAUAAAUGGCAAUGGGCUGGAGGGCUUGUUGCAUUUGUCAUAUACAUGAUCACGACGUUCUCCCUCUACGUUCCCGACUGGAGUUUCGUGGCGUCCGAGGAGGAUGGCAUUGCUGAAACAUACACAGUAAAAUGUGGGAUGAGAGGGCAUCUAGGCCCUGCAUGCAAUGCAGUCGGCUACGUGGAUCGACAAUUCUGGGGCAUCAAUCAUCUCUACACUCAACCAGUUUGGGCAAGAUUAAGAGCCUGCACUUUAAGUUCUCCGGAUUCUGGUACAUUCCGCGACGACGCGCCUACUUGGUGCCGUGCUCCGUUUGAACCAGAAGGGAUUUUGAGCUCGAUUUCAGCUAUUGUUACUGGCACUAUAGGUAUCCAUUAUGGACAUGUGUUGAUUCAUGUUAAGGAUCAUGCUGAAAGGCUCAAACAGUGGCUUUCAAUGGGAAUUUUGCUACUAAUUGUAGCCUGUGUUCUUCAUUUCACAGAUGGUAUAUACUCAUACACAAUCCUUCUCUCAAUCUACGAACUCGAAAAAUUCUUGAAAACAAAUUCAUUGCAAACUCAUUUUCUUGCAGCUAUUCCCAUCAACAAGCAACUGUAUAGUUUCAGCUAUGUCUGCUUCACAGCUGGUGCAGCAGGCAUUGUAUUCUCUCUCUUAUACAUAGUGAUUGAUGUAUAUGGACUGCGGACACCAUUCUUGUUCCUGGAAUGGAUAGGGAUGAAUGCGAUGCUGGUCUUCGUGUUGGCAGCUCAGGGGAUUUUCGCAGCAUUUGUCAAUGGAUGGUUCUUCAAGAAUCCAGACAGAAAUCUGGUGAAAUGGAUUAGGCAGCAUAUUUUCGUAGAUGUGUGGAAAUCUGAGAGAGUUGGGACAAUUAUGUAUGUAAUAUUUGCUGAAAUCACAUUCUGGUCAGUGGUUUCUGGCAUACUCCAUAAACAAGGCAUAUACUGGAAACUGUAACCAAGUGUGUCAUAUUAGAGACAGAUUUGUGUGUGUGUGUGUGUAUUUUCCCAAAGUUACAAACUUACAAGGCAAAAGCUAUGAUCCAUUUUUAUUUGAAUAUCUAUUUCAAGGGGAAAAUAGCCUUUUCCAUACCUUGUUACAUUGUUUCUCAAUCUAAAAGCCAAAACAUUGGUCAUAGCAUCAUCUAAACAGCUCAAAAACCUAAGCUUUCCUCAUAUAUAUACACAUCUAGAACAGAGAAUAUUUACAAGUUAUAUCGGCUGAUCCAGCGUUGAAGCAUACGAACCUCCAGCAGAACCUGUUGCAGCGCAGCAACGAGCAUUAACGUCGUUGUUACUCCCAACUCAUUAGCAUUCUCCACACCGUCUCCUCUAUCUCUUUCUUUGAAGCAGAGCCACUUUCCCCUUCGUCGAGUAGAACUCUGUAAAUUUCCCACUCACGAUCACCGAUGCCAUGCCUUGCGAUUUCAGCC